UGGGCGGUGUCCAUCGGUUGUGACUCUGAAGGCCAUUGGAGGCUUAUCAAGCUAAAGGCUCAGAGGCGGGGCGGGGCUCCAGAGCCCGGAAGACGCUCCCCAGAAGUUUAGACCAGAGCCUGGGCUGUGGGAGCCAGUAUCCCUUUUACUGCCCCCGGAGGUCGCAGCUUGGUCCCUGCGGCCGCGCUCUGGGGACCCCUCCUGGACCCCGCGGCUCAGCCUGGAGAGGACCCGGAGCCGACCCCAACAGGGGGCCUGAAGGCAUGGCCCCAGGAGCCCGUAGACUCCCCUGGCAGGAGUCACUGACGUUCAGGGAUGUGGUUGUGGACUUCACCCAGGAGGAAUGGAACCUCUUGGACCGUUCUCAGAAACAGCUCUACAAGAAAGUCAUGCUGGAAAACUCCCAGAAUCUGCUCUCUGUGGGAAUUCCAGUUCUCAGAGAAGAUUUGAUCUCCCAUUUUGAGGAAAGGGAAGCAUCAUGGAUCCUGCAUCAUCUAGGACCAAGGAACUCAUGUCCAGAUGAGACCAAGUUUGAAGUGAAUGAGACUACUGCAAGGCUGAGCAUUUCUAUGAAAGAAUCUCAACCACAAAGAUGCAUGAAUGGUAGUUCUUGUGACUCAGAUACCAAGAUAGAGAAAAAUCAAAAUAAUUAUUGUAAAUUUGGUAAAAAUGGAAAGAGUUUCAGACAUUGUUCAGUACUAAUUUGGUGUAAGAAAAUGGCCUUAGGGAAUGAGUGUUUUCAGUAUACUAAAACUAGGGAAUGUUUUAAAAAAAUUGGGCUUAUUCGGUCUUCUGAGAAACCUCCUGAAAAACGAAUAUUUCAACAGGAAAUGGUAUCUAGCUUGAGUUCAGAUCUUAUUAGACAUCGGAAAAGUUACACUGGAGAAAUGGCUUCUGUAGAGAAUAAAGAUAGAAAAGCCUUCAACCAGAACUCAAAGCUCACUGACCAUCAUAAAAUUCACACUGCAGGAAAGUCUUAUGCAUGUAGUCAAUGUGGAAAGACUUUCACAAAUAGGUCCAGUCUUGAUAUACAUCAGAGAAUCCAUACUGGAAAGAAAUCUUACAGAUGUAAUCAUUGUGGAAAGACUUUCACACAGAACUCCCGUCUUUUGAAACAUCAGAGAAUUCACAAUGGAGAGAAACCUUAUGAAUGUGACCAAUGCGGAAAAGCUUUCACACAGAACUACAGUCUUGCUCGACAUCAGAGAAUCCACACUGGAGAGAAACCCUAUGAAUGUAAUCAAUGUGGAAAGACUUUCAGAACAAGAUCCAGUCUUCAUGUGCAUCAACGAAUUCACACUGGAGAAAAGCCAUAUGAAUGUAAUCAAUGUGGAAAGACUUUCAGAACAAGAUCCAGUCUUCACGUGCAUCAAAGAAUUCACACUGGAGAAAAACCAUAUGAAUGUAACCAAUGUGGAAAGACUUUCAAAAGAAGAUCCAGUCUUCUUGAACAUCAGAGAAUUCACACUGGAAAGAAACCUUAUGGCUGUAAACAAUGUGGAAACACUUUCCGAACAAAAUCAAUUCUUGUUGAACAUCAGAGAAUUCACACUGGAGAGAAACCUUAUGAAUGUAAACAAUGUCAAAAAGCUUUCAUCUCCAGCUCUUGUCUUGCAAAACAUCAGAAAAUCCAUGCUGCUGAGAAAUCAUGUGAAUAUAAUCAGUAUGGAAAGGCUUUGAGAUGCAGUUUUGAACUUCCUCAAAAUCAGAAAAUCCUCCAUGGAGAGAAACUUCACAAGUGUCGUGAAUGUGGUAAAGUUUUUCGUGAACACGCUUCUCUUAUUGCUCAUCAGAGAACCCACACUGGUGAAAAGACUUACAAAUGUAAUCAGUGUGGAAAGACUUUCACACAGACCUCCAAACUAGCUGUCCAUCUGAGAAUCCACACUGGAGAGAAACCUUAUGAAUGUAUUCAGUGUGGAAAGGCUUUCCCAUAUAGGGCCAAUCUUGCUAGCCAUCUGAGAAUCCACACUGGAGAGAAACCUUAUGAAUGUAAUCAGUGUGGAAAGGCUUUUACAGAGAACUCCAAUCUUGUUGCACAUCAGAGAAUCCACACUGGAGAGAAACCUUAUGAAUGUAAGCAAUGUGGAAAGGCUUUCCGAAUAAGAUCCAUUCUUGUUGACCAUCAAAGAAUUCACACUGGAGAAAAACCUUAUGAAUGUAAUCAAUGUGGAAAAGCUUUCAGAUCCAGCUCCUGUCUUGGUAAACAUCAAAAAAUGCAUACUUGAGAGAAACCUUAUCUGAUCAGUGUGAUAAAGCCUUCAAGUAACAGUCAUUUCUUAUUUCCCAUCAGAGAAUUACUAUUAAAUAUGAAUUCUGUCACUGACAUGAAGAAAGACAUUCAAAUGAGUACAGAGAUUGUAGACAAUUUAUUCAGGGUAGAUGGACACAAUGGGGGAAAACCUUCAGAGAUCAUCUCUUUACAUGACAGGAUUCAGAGUAGGGAGAAACUUUACAUAUUUGCUCAAGGGAAUCAGUUUUUUCUCUGGAACAAGGAGAUCCCUAAAUUUGAAGUUGUACUGGAAAGAAGGCUUAUCAAAGCAAUGUCUUUAGUCAAUGUCCACGCCUUUACAUAGUGCUCAUACUUGAAUACAUAUUGGAGAAAUCAUGUUGGAGAUAAAACAUGGAUCUAAGUAAUGAGGAAUUACAAUUCACAGAGAAGAUUUGAUCUCUAGUUUUGAGGAGCCCAGAAUUCUGAAGCCAAAAGGUCCAAGGAGCUUCUGUCUAGGUGAGUGAGAAGGGGCCAGUGAAUUAAUGUGAUUAUGACAGGAAGGAUUUAUGUGCAGUGGAGCAGGAAGUGUUAGAAUUGGGGGCAAAAUAACCUGAGUUGGAAUUCUUUUUUUAGACACUUUGUUGAUGUGAUCUUGAUUGUUACUAAACCUCAGUCUUCCUGCUUCUGAAAUGAGGGAGGUUGGCCUCCAAGACCUUUCACUUCUCUUCCUAUGAUAAAUCUACAAUCUCAUGAGAAGUCAUUGUUUAAAACUUAGGAGUGUGAACCUUUUUUAAAUUUUCUUUCCCCCACCCCUUUUAAAAAAUUUAUUAUCACCAGUUACCUAUAAAAACAGUGUAUCAUUUUUGUUUGUUUGAUUAUAUGUGUACAUUUGUUAGGAUUCUUACAAGGUGCCAAGUCAGUGGAAUUGGUGAGAUAAUGAUUCUCUAAUUUACAUGUGUUUAUUACUUACUAUAAUUCCACAAGAUUCACACCUUUAAGAAAGCAUAUGUAAGAAGGAGCUCUCAGGGCCAAAGAACGGAAGCCCACUAGAAGCUCUGAGCCUCAGCCAGGAUUCAGUCAAGAAGAUUCACAAGCCAGAGAAGGCAGCUUUAAGCUCUCGGAACCAAGGAGAGAGAUAGGCCUCUUAUUAAAACUAACUGGGUCCCAGGAGAAGAGACAAGACUUUGAAGGAGACAAUAAAGGAUUUGGACUUUAAUACCUGGCUGCAUUUGGGGUGACUACUAUGAACUGAAAGGAAGGCUGCUUCCAGAAGCCCCCCAAGAAACCUGCUCCCAUAGAACAUUAAAUUUUAGAGAACAAUAUUACAUAUUUCAUUUUAACAUAUUUCUUUACAAAUCAUAUUGGGAGAGAAAAAUAAGAACAAAAGGAAAAUACUAUGAGAAAAAAAAUACAGAAAAAAAAUGAAUAUAGCAUAUGCUGAUUUACAUUGGUUCCAUAGUUCUCUCUCUGGAUGUGGAAGGCGUUUUCCAUUUAAAGUUUAUUGGGAUUGCCUUGGAUCAUUGAUCCACUGAAAAGAACCAAAUCUGUCAUAGUUGAUCAUCGCACAUUCUUGCUGUUGCUGUGUGUAUACUGUCUCUUGGUUCUGCUCACUUCAUUCAGCAUCAUUUUGUGUUAAGUCUUUUCAGGCUUUUCUGAAAUUAUCCUAAUCAUCAUUUCUUAUAGAACAACAAUAUUCCAUUACAUUAAUAUCCCAUAACUUAUUUAGUCAUUCCCCAACUGAUGGGUAUCUACUCAAUUACCAGUUUCUUGCCACUACAAAAAAGCUGCUACAAAUGUUUUUGCACAUGUGGGUCUUUUCCCUCUUUUAUGAUCUCUUUGGUAUACAGAUCAAGGCAUGAGACUGUUGGAUCAAAGGGUAUGCACAGUUUUAUAGUUUUUUUAACUCAAUUCAUUCUUUAUGAUUAGAUUGUUUCAUCUCCAAUUAGUUUUUAAUCUAUAUUUCCAUAGUCCUUAUUAAAUAUAAUUUUAUUGCAUUAUGAUUUGAAAAGGAUACUAUUAAUAGUUCUGCUUUUCUGCUUUUAAGUAUAAAAUGUUUAUGUAUUGAUAUAUGAUCAAUCUUUGUAAGAGUACUAUUAGCUGCUGAGAAAAAAUUGUAUUCCUCUCUUGUUUCCAUUCAUUUCUCUCCAGAUAUCGAACAUAUUUAGCUUAUCUAAAAUUUUAUUUGCUUCCUUAACUUCUAUCUUAUUUAUUUUUUGUUACAUUUAUCUAAUUCUGAGAGUGAAAGAUUAAAAUCCCCUACUAUAAUAGUUCUACAGUCUAUUUCCACCUAUACUUCAUUUAACUUUAAAAAUUUAGGUGCGAACACCCAAAGAAAGAACACUGGAAAAUGAAUGCAAACUGUUUGCAUUUUUGUUUUUCUUCCCGGGUUAUUUAUACCUUCUGAAUCCAGUUCUUCCUGUGAAACAAGAGAACUGUUUGGUUCUGCCCCCACAUAUUGUAUCUAGGAUAUACCGUGACCUAUUUAACAUGCAUAGGACUGUUUGCCAUCUGGGGGAGGGGGUGGAGGGAGGGAGGGAAAAAGUCGGAACAGAAGUGAGUGCAAGGGAUAAUGUUGUAAAAAAAUUACCCAGGCAUGGGUUCUGUCAAUAAAAAGUUAUAAUUAUUUAAAAAAAAAUUUAGAUGCUUUAGUAUUUGGUGCAUCUAGGUUCAGUAUUAAUAAUGCUUCAUUGUUUAUGGUACUUUUUAUCAAAAUGUACUUGCCCUGCUUAUCUCCUCUUAAUUAAAUCUAUUUUAACCAUAA